AUGCCCGUCGGCAACUUCUCCAGGAACCACCCUGGCGCGCUCGGCGAGCUGCAGCAUAACCAGCAAGAGCAAGCCCCUCGACCCUCUCCCCGCAAGUCGCGAGACGAACGCCGACCAGAUGUCGAGCCCGCCGCCCGCGACGAAUCGCCUACCAAGAAGAGCCUGUUCCUCAGCAUGACCAAGUCGCGCGACUCGUCUCCGACCAAGAGUCCUAAGAAGGCAAAGUCGGGAGAGAAGCUCACCGGUCUUCUCGGCCGACCCAAGACGAUUAAGAGUUUACAUAGGCUGGUGACGGACGGCGAGGAAAUACAGCCGGGAAAGGAUAAGGAAAAUAGAACGCCGGAUGAGCCGCGCAGUGCUACCCUGCCAGUUUAUGCCCAAUUCGUCAGCAACGAGUCGUCAAACUCUCUUGCGCCCCCCAGCCCGACUAGAAGUUCGAGGAAUUCCUCUGAGAGACGCUCGAUGGCCAAGGAACGACCGCGCACUUACAUGCAUCCCACCAGGUCGCAGCAAGACAUUAAGAAGUCAUCCAUCAAGUCGGACUCGCCCAGUGGGUCAAAAUCAGCAGCAUCGUCAAAGGGCAAGUCCAUUCGCGAACGAGGCAAGGUCUUUGGCGCCUUUGCCAGCUUCGGUCAUGGCCGAUCCAAGUCGGAGACGUCGACUCCCCGAGGCGGCUCGCCCACGACGGCAGGUCACACCCUUGACUUGAAGGACAUCAACAAGCAGCUCGAGGCGCUCCUGGAUCGCCGAAACAUUCCCGAAAAUCAGCGCUACAAGAUGCGGAAUCUGAGCGACACCAUCAAACUGGAGUUUAUCAGACAAGACUGGGCCGAGAUGCGAGCUGCCAAGCUGGAGCGCAAACCGGAUCGUCCCCGAACCAGCAUGAACAGCACUAAUGGCACCGCUGCCACGGCUUCCUCCUCGUCCGCCGCUGCUGCAGCCGACUCCGCCGUUGUUUCCGAUGGGGAAGAGGAAAAGCCGAAGCGGAAUCGCGGCAGAAGUUUCACAUUCUCUCGUGCGAAGAAGGAGAAGGAGCAGCAGCAGGGCCGCUCGACGCAGGGCCGCUCGACGUCAAAAGGCCGAUCAUCAUCAAAAAAGUCCACAAAGGGAGAGAGCACUCUGGGCCGUCACUUCAGAAACAAGUCGGCCGACAGUGUAGCCAGCGACCGGCCGAUUUCGAGCGGCAACUCAUCUGCAGGGAGCACGCUGCUAUCCAAGAUCAAGCUCCAGCAGGGGCCGGCCGACUAUGUCGCGUACCUUAGAAAGGUGCGCCAACCGCAGCAGGUCGAGGUGGGCAAACUUCACAAACUAAGGCUGCUGUUGCGGAAUGAGACCGUUGCCUGGAUCGAAGAGUUUAUCCAGCACGGGGGGAUGAAGGAAAUUGUCGGGUUGCUGAACCGCAUCAUGGAGGUGGAAUGGAGAGAGGAGCACGAAGAUGCUCUCCUCCACGAGAACCUCCUCUGUCUCAAGGCCCUGUCCACCACGGCAAAGGCCAUGGAGUAUCUCCACUCGGUCCAGGCAGACCUCUUCCCCAAGUUACUACACCUACUCUUCGACCCCGAGAAGAAGGGCCCCAGCGAGUUUACUACGCGCAAUAUUGUCACGUCAGUGCUGUAUACGUACAUCGAGUCCGCCUCAUCCGCCGAGCGCGUCAUCAGAGCCAGGAGCGUCCUGAGACACCUGCGGGACCCAGAGCCGGAGGAGUCAGCUCGACCGCUUCCCUUCGUCUUGGAAAUGAGACAAGAGCGGCCUUACCGCGUCUGGUGCAAGGAGGUAGUCAGCGUGACCAAGGAAGUCUUCUGGAUCUUUCUCCAUCACCUCAACGUGGUGGCGCUGACGGCCGACCCGGACAGCUCAGGCGAUGCAGGCAUGGGCCGUCUUACCAACAACGACGAGCAGUAUGCAUACAUGCGCCGCCAUUUCCCCCAAGAAAAGGCCCCGGUGCCCGCUGCCCCUUAUGUGGGCGGCGUGGAGUGGGACGCGACCAAUUACCUCGCGUCUCACCUGGACCUGAUGAAUGCCAUCCUGGCCUGCACUCUGUCGCUCGACGAGAGGAACCGCCUGCGAGCCGACCUUCGCAUCUCGGGCUGGGAGCGGUGCAUGGGCGGCAGCUUGCGGCUGUGCAAGGAGAAGUUCUACGGCAGCGUCCACACCGGCCUGAGGACCUGGGUCGCCGCCGCCGCAGAGGAUGGAUGGGACGUCAAGGACGUGAGGUACGGGCCGCCUGCUGAUGCCCGAUCCCCGGUCAAGACUGCCCAGCGAAAGAAGGUUGAGGAUGCGCCAAAGCUCGACAUGCCCAAACUCGACUUUAGCUCAAAUAAGACACAGCCGCCUCCAAGGGAUGGCUGGAUAUGA